AUGUGGCGGACGCGUGCACCGGCGUCUCAUGCCACCGGAGCGAGCACGGCGACGACGGGACCGGCAAACUUGGUGCUGCUGGACGCCUGUCAGAACUUGUUCAUUGUCUCGGGGCGGAUCCGGGCCCAGCCAGGCCGCAAGUAUUGCAGCUGGCCCGUCUUCUGGCGCUGCGAACGAGGAUAG